AUGGCCGUUCCAAAACCCAAACCCUCCGACUCACCACGGAUCUACUACCACCAUCUCCCUCCAGAAGACCGACCCCAGAAUUACGUCAUCAUAUUACCCAACCACUCCUCAACUCAUCGCCGCCGCCAACGGCAGCGGAUCAUUCUCUGCACCACCACUCUCCUCCUCGCCGCCUCCGUCAUUUACCUCCUAUGGCCCUCCGACCCAUAUCUCUCCAUUGUCCGCCUUCACCUCGACCGCCUCAAAAUCCGCACUCGCCCACUUCCUUGCUUGGACAUUACAUUAGACCUCAUCGUCAAAGUCCGCAACAGAGAUUUUUACUCAAUUGAUUACGAUUCCCUAACUGUUGCCGUUGGGUAUAGGGGAAAGCAGCUAGGGUUCAUCACAUCUGAUAAUGGGCACGUCAAAGCUAGAGGGUCUUCGUAUAUCAACGCUACGCUUGUGCUUGAUGGUGUUGGGAUUCUGUCUGAUGUGAUUUUUUUGCUUGAAGAUUUGGCUAAAGGUUCUGUUCCGAUCGAUACGGUUACCCAGGUCCGAGGUCAGCUCGGGUUGUUCUUCUUUGAAUUUCCUCUUAAUGCAAAGGUGUCAUGCGAAGUCUAUGUAAAUACGCACAACCAAACUGUUUUCCGUCAAAAUUGUUAUCCUGAGUGAUGACAUGGGAGGUGGAGCUGCGGUAGAAGCAGGGGUCAACGUUGCUCUGGAACCCUAUACGUAUAUGCUCCUUCGUAGAGAUGUUGGGUUAUGUGAAUAUGGAAGUUGAUUACCCGACUGGUCGUGUAAAUAUAUCACCAGGAGGAUCAUAGUUGUGGGAAACAUUAGCUAAAUAUAAUAUAUAUAUAUAUUACACAUACGUAAUCUUUUUCAUCAGAAAUCAAUUU